AAUUAUUGACGCGUUUAUUGUUCACUAAAACUUAUGACCAGUCUAUGAUUGCUUUAUUUAUCUCAUCUUCCACCAGCUCAUAAUUCUCUUCUCCUACCAUCAUGCCCUUGUAAAUAAAGACUAAUUCUACCGACCGCCACAAUGGAUUAUGGAAGGCUUCGAGCUGCGGCUCUGCGGGAUGGCGAGGACGAGGAAGCCGUAACAGUGGAUACUCGAGCUCUAAUCGACAAAGUCUUGGCGAGAUACUCGGGCGAGUGGACGACGUUACGAGAACUGAUCCAGAAUGCUGCCGACGCUCAGGCUACCACCGUCAAGAUAAAAUGGGAGACUUUACCCUCUACACAAGUAGCUCUACCCACUACGACAGACCGAUCCGAAAUACUCAAACACAUCAUCGCGAACCACACCCUCCGCCGACUUGUCGUUCAAAAUAAUGGUCAACCAUUCACAAAAACUGACUGGGGACGGCUGAAGAGAAUUGCCGAAGGUAACCCCGACGAAACUAAGAUCGGUGCCUUCGGUGUGGGGUUCUAUAGCGUCUUCGCCGAUUGUGAAGAGCCAUUCGUCAGUUCAGGUCAGGAAGCCAUGGCCUUCUACUGGAAAGGGAACGCUCUCUUUACCAGAAAACUUCAACUUCCCGAGGAUCAAUGCACGCAGGAUACUGCCUUUGUUUUGGAUUACCGAAACACCACGACUACUUUACCGAAUCUACUAUCAGUCAGCCAGUUUCUAGCUACGAGUUUGACAUUUGUGGCACUACAAAACAUUGAGUUCUGGAUCGACGAUUACAAGGUUCUCCAUUUGCAAAAGAAGACAAGCCCAAGUGCCGGGGUUGCCCUAUCGAGGGAUGUUGAGACUACCACCAAAGAGCGUCUAAUGAAGGUGCAAAGCGUUGAGCGAGCAAGUGCACAAAUCGACGCUUCUUUUAUGAAUGCUAUCGGAUGGAAACCGGAAGUAGCAACAGCGGCGAAAAGUGAAGCCUAUGGAUAUGGCGCCUCGGAGAUGACCUCCCUCCGAAGUUUCUUCUCGAGGUUAGCCGCAAAUGCCUCUACUUCGAAAAGUAGCAAGUCGGCGAGAGAAGAAAAAGCAGCCCAAGAUACCAUAUCCGAAGAUAUAACAGUAUUAUCAUCCAGCAGCAUAUUCCUUAGAGUAACUACUGCCGCGAUCAAGACGUCUGUCACUGCUAACUUUUCUGCCGAAUUGGAGCGGGCUACGAAGAAGCCCCCGCCAAGAGUAGCCAAGUUGUCUGUCUUGACAUCUUCAUAUGAUGAGACCCAGGCCUCGGAGGAAUCCACAAGCUCCAAGGCAAUUUCUAAGGCCACCGACGUCUUUGCGUCUGUGCUACCAAGCCAGAAAGGCGGCCGAAUAUUUAUUGGCUUCCCAACAACUCAAACAACCGGGGCGGGAAUUCAUAUUUCGGCGCCAUCGGUCAUUCCUACCGUAGAACGAGAGGCGAUCGACUUGAAUGCAAGAUGGGUCAGGACGUGGAACAUUGAAAUGCUACGCGCUGCCGGCAUCAUGACUCGCCUUGCUUUCACGAACGAGAUGGCUGAGUUACAAAUAAAAUUACAACGGGCCGCAGAGACUUCCAGUACCACCGAUACCUCUAAAGAGGUCACUAAAUACAUGCCUGAAGCAUUACACAUUCUUAAGGCCUUCACCUUCGGAGAUUCCACGCCCAGUGGCCACGUUUCACAGAUAAUUGAAGAGGCCUUUUGGACAUCUUACAAGAAGCCAUUCGUAGAAAUUUACAGUAGUCGAGGUGUACUCCCUACAAACAAGGUUCGUCUUGGUUCGAAAGAACUUACUCAGUUUGUUGAUGGAAUCCCGGUGAUUCCAUCGGAACUUGAGUCCACAGGUUUCGUCCGAAAGUUGAUCGAUUUUGAUCUAUUGUCUCAUAUCACUGUAGAUGACGUACGGCUAGAGUUGUCCGGAAAGCCGCUCAAUAAGGCUCAGCUCAUCAGUUUCAUACAAUGGGCCGGUAAAAAGGCCAUUCAAGGAGAGCUUGAUCCAUCAAGUAAAGAUAGACUUCUUGAUGUUGCAGUGGGACUUAUCGAAGAAGGCGCAGAAGAUCAAGGUGGCAUUGUCGCCCUUGGAAGCAUUCAUAAUUACCUAAGUCCAAACAAGAUACCGGCCGGGUUGCCGAUUCCACCGACAACACUGCCUUAUGAUUUUACUAGAAGCUGCAAUUCGAAUGAGUUGCAAGCUUUAGGCUGGGAGUCUCUCGAGAUUGUUCCUUGGCUUCGAUUCUUGCUCGAAACUAGUUCGGCAAGACGCGAUGGGCAGAAUAUGACCAAGUCAGCGGAAUUUUCGAUUCGAAUUCUAACAGUAUUAUCAAAGGGCUGGGAUAAUCUUAGCCAAAGCUCUAAAGGGACCGUCACAUCAUUACUCCAAAGUCAUACGGUGAUGCCGACUAAACUAGGAAUGAGAAAGCCGACAGAAUCCUUUUUCCAGAGUGUCAAACUCUUUGAUGAUCUCCCUACGAUUGAGGGAUGCUCAUCACUCAAGGACAAAUUCCUCACUGCUAUCGGUGUCCGAAAAACUGUGGACUUGGACACGAUUUUCACACGAUUGCUGAAUCGUUCGGCGGAAAUCGAGAAUUCCGGACAGGCAAAAUGGAGUCACGUAGAACUUAUCAAAUACUUAGCGUCAGUGCGACAAGACAUUCCGAAAGACGACAUGAGAAAACUCAAAGGAUCGCACAUAUGCCCGGCAGAAGCAGGACCACCAGGUAUGGAGUCGACUGUAGCAAGUCGACAGCUAUACAAAGUUUCUGAGCUUUAUGAGCCGAGAGGACCACUUCGACCGCUCAACCUUAAGAUUAUCCAAUGGCCCAGCGGCGGUCUGCGGCCUGGAAGCGCCGAGGGGAAGUUUCUGACUGACCUCGGCUUACGUCCCUUCCCAUCAGCUCCCGAGCUUGUAGACAUGAUGGCUUCAUCGGAUUCGACUCUAAGGGCCCACUCCAUGAACUACUUCAUUUCCAAUCAUCACAUCAACAACUAUGCAGCCUUUGAUAUCAGGGCAACUUCCAAGGCAUUCCUUCCCUUACAGGGGAAGCCACAACAAUUUGUGAGCCCGUCCCAAUGCUUUACGAACGAGGCAGCUGCCGCUUUAGGAUUUAACAUCCUAAAAAGAGAGCUGCAUAGUCAUGCGCCCAAAUUCGGCGUUGUGGCUGAUCCGCCUGUUAUUGAAUGCGUCGACCGUCUGAUUUCUAAACCUCCUCAGACUCAACAGGGAGCUAUGUCCCUCUUCGCAUACUUUGCAACCCGCCUGAACGAGUUGGAUAACAAUUCCAUUACAAAACUCCGCAGGGCUCCCAUUGUACCAGUUAUACGUAAAAAAAGGUCGUCGAUCUCCGAAACACCCACCGGCACGGAUAACAAGAGUGGCAAUGUGGUUCAUUUAAGUCCGCGAAAUUGUUAUCUAGGUAACUCGGCUAUGUACGGAGAGAUAUUCGAUUUUGUCGAUUUUGGUAGCUCUGCAAAUGCGUUCCUGUCCGCCUGUGGUUCGAAGACUGAGCCAACUAAGCUAGAGAUCGCUCAGUUUGCAUCAAGUGAACCAGCUAGGUUACUUAGCGUGCUUCAAAGCCCUGAAAAAUACCUGGGCCUCUUGAGACUACUAGCUGAAGAUUUCGCAACUCUUAAAAGAGAUAAGGAACUUUGGAGGAAAAUGAAGUCCUCGCCCUGGUUGUUGGCAUCUAAGGAAAUCAGUGCGCCUUCUAAGGAGAAGGUGUUGGAGAACGACGAAGAGGAAACAUCAAUCAAGCAUUACCAACUUGCUACUCCAGCCAGCAUUGCCAUUCUCGACGACUAUAUCAGCUACCGUCUGUUCAAGGAGCACUUGAUAUGUGCACCCGAAGAGGAUGUACUAGAAUCCUUCUACAUGGUUCUUGGCUCUCCCACUCUUUCGGAUAUCGUCCAAGAGGACAUAAGGAUCGGACCGCACAGUGAUAAGCAAGAAGGGGCGGUAUGGCUUCGGAAGCACGUUCUCGAGCGAUCGAAGAUCUUUGUUCACGAAUACAGCCGAUACACACGCGAUGCUAUUAAACACGACGCGAAGUGGCUUGAGAAAAACCUGACUGUCGAGGCUGUUCGGAGUGUCGCACUCCGUCGGUCGCUCCGUGGCCAAAGCCAGACGCAUACGGAGACAAGAUCAGCAGCCAGUGCAAAAGUCGCCAAUGGUCAUGUCUUGUACGUCGCGUCCGAGUCUGGUCGCCGUCCCGACAUGUACCAAGUAGGACAAGCCGUGUGCCAACUCAUCUUAAAUCGGCCGAGCCAGCAGGCUUAUUUCUUUUUCGAGCCAUUCCUCAAGCUCGACCUGCUUGAUUUGAGGGCUCGUGGUUACAACGUCGACCGUAUUCUGAGAGCAAAGGCCGCCGAGGCCAGAAUUGCCGAUGAAGAGAGACGCAAAGCUUUGGAAGCCGAGCAAGCUAGAAUAAAAGAACGAGAAGAUGAGUUUAAGAGACAAAGCCAAGUUACGAGAGUGCAGAAUAGAACCCCGCCUCCUCGUAUGCCUGGUGGAUUUGGUUCUCCGGACGAUGACAAUGCUCUGUUACCACCGCCGCCGCCGGCAUCACGGGCAUCACAGGGCGGAAGAAACAAGGGCCUUUUCUCGAAUCUUUCUAAACGAUUUGGGUUUGACACCUCUGAAGUAGAGGAAAGCAUGAAGAGCUUAAUGGGUACGAACCCUGAGCCUACCAGAUUACCGCCGGCCGAAUCGUCUUCAGGCAAUAAAUCUAACCAAAACGACGGCAGGGUCACAAACCCCGCCGUUAUCCAACAAAAUCUUCUUAAUGCCAUUCGGUCGACUAGAGCACAUGACUCGUCCCAGCUUUAUUCCCCUCCGACGACUCAAGAGGUCAAGGAGCAGGCUACGUAUUGUGACGAUACUAUAGGGAAGGAUCUCAAUUUCGUGGCAGAAGCAUCGAAUAGUAUGCGUGUGUUCGUAUCUAAUGCGAUCCCAAACUUUGACUUUGGUCAAUUCCUUUCAACAAACCACGGGGCAAUUAACUCCUUCGCAUCACUGCUCUUGGAAGUUGGACAGGUGUAUUCAAUCGGCAGGGGAGCACUCCACAUUUUUUACGACGAAGCCGGUAGCACAAUCGCCUUCAAUCGCGACGGAAGCAUUUUCUGUAACCUUCGCUUCUUCAUCCAACUUCAUGCGGAUAAACCAACUGGAGAGGGCAGAGCUGUGGCCACCAUCUGGUGGUGGGUUGUGCUGGCCCAUGAACUGGCCCACAACAUCGUCCAACCUCAUAAUGCGGACCACAGCUACUACACUGAGUCGUUCAUUCAGAACUACUUCCCGGGCAUGAUGAUGCAGGCAACGCGGAUUAUGGGAGCCGCUACACCAGCAAAUACCCAGGCCCAUGAGGCACCUGCCGGCCCGUCGUCAGCGGCCCCACCACCACCCUACCAGGAACGCUAGAAGUGACGUAGGCAUCGUUGAGCGACUAGACGGAUGGCACGAGUGCGGUUCUGAAGAGUGGUCAUUUACCAUUCUAUCUAUAAGAUAGAAUUAGCCAGUUCCAUGAUUAAGAUGAACCUUUAUACCUAAUCAAGAGCCUUUGCAUAUUUGGUUUCAGGGCGUUAGAGGAAUCAGCAUUAGGCAGAGGGUCAUGAGAAUUCGCGUCAAAUUAGAAAUUUGUAUUUGCAUACCUCGUAAAGGUACCG